AUGGCUGCAUGCCUGGUGUUCAGACUACAUGACCGAGGACCACAGGUGGUGAGGGAAGUGCUUUUGGAGCGCGGGUGGGAGGAAUAUGACCAAGACCAACGGGAGGAAGAAGACUGGAACCUCUACUGGCGGGGCUCCGCGUUUUGCGUCUCUGAGUAUAACAACCUGUUCCCAUGGCAACGCCUCAACCACCAUCCCAAAACUGUUGGCAUCACACGCAAGGACUGCUUGGCUCGCAACCUGAAAAGAAUGAGAGCCACGUUUGGUUCAGCUCUCUACGACUUCAGCCCCGCCGCCUUCAUCCUCCCCAACGACUACACCCGCUUCCUGUCCCAAUACAGCCGUCGGCACGGGACCAGGGGGCCGUCAGUCUACUGGAUAUGCAAGCCCGUGGACCUCUCCAGAGGCCGAGGCAUCUUCAUCCUCGAGGACAUCAAGGACUUGGCCUACGACCGCCCCGUGAUCGUACAGCGCUACAUCAGCGAACCCCUGCUGAUCUCUGGCUACAAGUUCGACCUGCGGAUCUACGCGUGCGUGAGGAGCUUCCACCCGCUGACCGUUUACAUCCACCAGGAGGGCCUGGUGCGCUUCGCCACCGAGAAGUACGACCUGUCGUCCCCGCGCAACCUGUACGCUCAUCUCACCAACACCAGCAUCAACAAGUUCGGCCCCUCCUACGGGGCGGCGAAGGAGCGAGUGGGCCAUGGAUGCAAGUGGACCAUGAGCAAGUUCAGGCAUUUUCUCCACAUCCAGGACGUCAACGAGCUCCUCCUGUGGCAGAGGAUCAACAACAUCGUCACCCUGACCCUCCUCGCCAUCGCUCCGUCCGUCCCCUCCUGCCCCAACUGCGUGGAGCUGUUUGGCUUCGACAUCCUCAUAGAUGGUACGUUGAAGCCUUGGCUGCUGGAGGUCAACUACAGCCCGGCGUUGACUCUGGACUGCCAAGCGGAUGUCGCGGCGAAGAGGGGGGUGAUCGGCGACCUGAUCGAUUUGAUGAACUACGCAUCGGGCGACGGCUUGAGGGGGAAGGCCCGUCGGAGACCGCUUUGUGUCCGCGCUCGCCGGCCCUGGCGUCUUCCAAAGCCACCCGAGCUCUCCGGGUUUAAAGGGACCGGAUUACGGAAGCAAAGAAGCGGGGGACAGUCUUCGCAGGAACUCCCUGUGAUGAAAGCUCCUCGCCAGCCUGAAAAGAUGAACCCGAGACAGUCCGGACAGUACGUGUCUGUGGCCGACUACCGAAGGCUCCUUCCCCCUGUUGAGUCCACCCAGACACAUGCAACCAGGGACGGACCGGCCAACCGAACCCACAGGGACACGACCCGUAACCUGACAUUCGGCCCGUGUUCAAGGACAAACGCAUCGGUGGGGAAGAGACGGCCGCGUCCGGCGCUCGCUCACAAGCGCGGUCCUCGCGUGUCUGAGGUCACAAACCCCGACCGCACUGAAACAGAAGCUGCGACGGGGCGCUCCGGAGAGGCAGGCGCUUCUUCCUCGAUACGUGACACCUCCCAUGGGGGGCCGGGAUCCAGACGGUCAAAGCUCCCCGACAUUUACAGUGGGAAUCGAGGGCCGCUGCAGACGGCGAGGACCCCGGCGCUGAAAGAACACAGUCCUCCACUCAGAGUAGGAGACUUCAUACGCACAUUCCCCUUUAACGCCGCCACUCUGCGGGCCUCGCAGCCUGAGCUGGAUGUUAAGGUGGUCCUACGGGAGCUUCUGAAGCUCCCCGCACAGGUGGCCACACCAGGCCACAGGUUGAGGAGAGAAGGGGAGGACGGGGAGGAGGUGAAAGAAGCGGGUCGUGAUGAAGACUUUGAUGCUCUGCUCUGGGGGCCGAAGGAUCCUCCGCUGCUGAGUCGAUGUUUUAAACGCCUUUAA